AUGCCUCGAGUCGCUCCAGAAGACCGCAAGCGAGUGUACUAUCCCAAAACACGCACUGGCUGUUUGACCUGCAAGUCCGUUCCCCAACGACGCAUCAAAUGUGGCGAGGAACGUCCAGCCUGUUUGCGAUGCACAUCCACUGGCCGUCAAUGUGAUGGCUACCGGGAUCCUGCAUCUCACCCAUCACCAUCAAAUGUAUCUGCAAGACCGCUCCUCGCUCGACCCCUCAGCACCUACCACUCAUUGGCCUGCGACCAAGAACGUCGGUCAUUCCAAUUCUUCCUGGAAAAGACGGUUCCUCAGCUGGCCGGCGACUUUGAAUGCGCCUUCUGGGGACGUUUACUGCUGCAAUCUGUUCACCAUGAACCGGUCAUCCGCCAUGCCACAGUCGCCCUAGGCUCCCUGCACGAGCACUUUAACUGCGAUGCGGCCCCUUUUCGCUUAGGCACAGACUCACCCCAUACAUCCUUUGCACUGCGCCAGUACCUGCGCGCCAUGCGCUGUUUGAUGCCAACCCCAAGUCACUCCCAGCCUCUUGACAUCUACCUAAUCUCAUGCAUCCUCUUUGCAUGUUUCGAAGCCAUGCGCGACUACUACGGCCCCGCCAUCACACACAUCACCAGCGGGCUGAACAUCCUCAGCGAGAUCCGCAACCCAUCCAGCACAUCCACACCCCUCUGCAUCGGCCGCACCCCAUACGUCCCAAUCGACAUUCUCUGCGGUCUCUUCACUCGCCUCCAGGGACAGGUCAUCGUAACUGUCCACCGCAUCGGCGCCGCACGAUGCAACCUCUGGCCCGAACUAGUCAUCAACCUUGACCAGCCCAUCGUCUUCCAGUCAUUAGCCGACGCGCGCGAAACCCUCGAAAUCUACACCUACUACUACCGACAACGCAGCACCGAACUCCUAUACCAAACCCAUCCCACAGACACAACCACAACCAUCAACCCCGCCAUCACCCUCCGCGACACCUCCCUCAUCCUCCUCUCCCACUGGUCCACAGCCCUAGACACCUUCCUCCAGCAACACACCACCAUCCUAACCCCCCGCGAACGUCGCGCCGCGUCUGUCCUCCAACUCCGCAAAAUCGACUGCUUCGUGGCGCUAGAUAUCCUCCAAGCAGCAGGUGAAGCCGAAGCAGGCCACCACGUCCAAUGGGACAAGUAUUGUCCGUUUUUCGAACAGAUGGUGGCCCUAGGGGAAUCCAUCAUCCCACCCCCUUCCUCAGCAACGAAAAAGACCUUUUCUCUCGACCUCAGCAUCAUCGCCGCUAUAUUCAACGUUGCGGUGCGAUGUCGUGAUCCAGUCAUUCGACGACGUGCUGUCAGCGUGCUUCGUGCCUCUGCAAUCCAGGAGGGUGUGUGGAAUAGUGUGGUUGUGGCGGCUAUUGCAGAUAAAUGGAUCGAGAUUGAAGAGGAGGGAUUGGGCGAGGUGAGAUGUUGCGCUGAUGUUCCGGAUGAAGCGAGGUUGGCGGAUUUCAUGCCUGUGUUUGAUGUGGAGAGGCCGAGGGCGGAGGUGUACUUUAGUUGGGGGGAGGAGAAGGGGAGGGCGAGAGGGAGAGGGGUGAGGAGGGAGGUGUUUACGUGGUAA